CAACUCAAUGACCAUGUUUGAUGUGUUUCACAGGGAAAUGAGAGAGGAAAUGAAAGCAGAGGAAAAGAAAGAGGAGGAAACUGGGACUAGUUUAUUUCACCAGUUUAUGGUACAGAAGACGGAUCUCGAAGAAGAUGUGAGGAUCGUGCUACAGCGGCUGAUAGUGAUUGCUCGGCUCCCCCACGAUCUCGCUGACAGGACAGAACUGGGAGCUCAUUACGAAAAGCUCAACUUUCAGCUCAGCAAACAAUAUUUCUGGGAUCUUAUGACGGGCCAGCUGUUCAUUUAUCCAUCCUGUGUGCUGCAUAUUAUUGAAUCGUCCAGGGAGGUUCUGGUUUCUGUUUUGAAAGACCUUAAAGACAUACAACAGCCAGACGGUGCCUUGCUGGAAGCUCCCAAGGUUGUGUUCAUGGCACAUAAUCCUCAAAGCAGGCUGUUCCAGCAGUGGAGCUACAAGGUGCUCGAUGCAGAUCAGGCGACCAGGGACUCUGGAGCUAAAGGACUUGAGGAAGAGGAGGAGAACACAGAGACUUUAAUUUGCACGGUCCUGUCAGCGCUGCAGAAACUGGAAAUAUCUAAGAAGGCUGUUCCUGGGUCAGUGCUGGAUGAGGCUCCGGAGCUGAUCGUCUCUCAGCGGGUUCUUCUCAAGCUUUUGGCUCGAGACGAGCUCCAGACUCCACAACAACACCUACAGAUGUUCAGCUCACCGUUAAACAUCAGCAUGGACUUUGGACAAGCUAUACGCAGCAGCUGCCUCGCCACAGUUUAAUGUUUCGAAAAGAAAAGAAAAGGAUGUGUUGGCCUUCACUAAAACACCUUGGGUGUGACUGAAGGCUUCCUACAGGAGAGAAAUCACUGCAACAGUUUUAUACCAACAUUUAAUGGACUGUAGCACUUAUCUGGGUUUUCUUUUUUGAUGUUCUUUCUCUUCCAAAUUAUUUUAUGUAUAAAACUUGUUUGAGUGAAAUAACAUUGAACACCACAUUUGCAACAAAAGCACAGAAAAUCCAAGUAAUAUAAAAACAUUUUUUAAUAGUUUCAACAUUCGGAUAAGGUUAAUUUUAUUUCUAUCAUACUGUACACUGUGUUCCACUUGGUGACCGGGAGAUAGCACGUCAAAGAAAAGGCAUUUCCUCUUCACUCCAAACUUUAAAGAGUCCAUAGCGUCACUACAGUUUGACACAAAGAACUUUUAAGUCGAAACAGAUUCCUUGAUCACUCGUGUGUUCCCUUUUUAUUUUGGCCCCCAUUACUUGGAACUUAAAAAAAGAAAACGAAAAGAUGAUUGGAGAUGUUCUUGCAAUGGCUGCAUGCACCACAGUGUAAUCUACAAAC